CGUCACAAAUAAUAUGAUGUAGAUUUCCUUGGUCCUCCGACUUACAACUUUCCUAUUCACUUAUACUCUGUACAACUACGACUACAACUACGAUUAGUUACGACUUCUUCCAGAGAGAGAUAUCAUACCAUCCUCAUCAAAUAGAUCAAUACCUCCGCACAGACACACAAUGGCUUCCCGAAUGCUUCUCCGAUCAGCUGCUACCUUUGCUACCGGCAGACAAGUAGCGGCACAGAGGACAUUCACCACCAGCUCCGCAAGCCUAGCUUACAAGGAGAGCUUCCAGGGUACCGAAUCGUACGACCCGGAGAAGCACAAGCAGGACCUGCUCGAGAAGCAGAAGCUGGGCAAGGGCCACUGGAAGCCGGAGCUGGCGUCGGACAGCGAGGAGGCCGUCAAGGCGGACCGCCACGGCGGCGGCCACGAGGACAUCGCCACCCUGCAGGAGCGCACCAAGCGCGCCGCGGAGGAGACUAGCAAAGCUGGCACCAGCAUGCGGGACGGGUUGUAAGGUCUGAGCCCGACAAAGUUGACAAUUUUCCCCAAAUUUUGUUUUUAAGAGGAGAAUGAAGAUAAGAGAG